GCGAAAUUUACGUGAAAGUUUUUACAAAUAACGCGUACCGUAAUUAAACGAAGCUUCCGUCUGUCGAUCAACGAUCGAAAUAGCAAUGGAACAAUAAUUCCGACAAGCUCGUAACGUCGCUCUCCGGGAACGCGUACGACUCGAGUGAACCUAACCUAACUUAAACCGGCUGGGUAAAUACAUAGUGACGUUUGAGAUUAGUCAACGCUGAUCAACUUCAUUUUGUAGCAAGAAUAGACCCGUCCGUGUUUUGUCACGAACUGGUCGGUCGUCACGAUAUCUCCAAGUAUGGGCAGCUAAAAUUCGCCGUGAAGUGUUACAAAAAUACAACAAAUUCCUGGCUGAUUUAUACAAAAAAUCGAAAGUGCUUGACGACUGUAACAAAACAUUGGACGAAAUUCUGUUCGCUGUUCAUCGGCUAUCAUUUCUGAGAACGGCACCUCCUAGUCACGGAAAAAUGAAUAUCCAGACGCCUUAUUUGGACGGCAUUCGUGCCAUAAGCGGCGCCACUCCCAGCGAGAAGUACAGAUGGAUAGCGAAACUGAUAAAGGAACGAAUAUCGGAAUGCAACAGUUUGGAAGAAAUAGUCGAGUCGGAGAAGAUCCCGCGUAUAUUGGUUCCACUGAUACAAGUGCAGGCCGCUCAGAUGCUGAUCAAAAACGAACCAAACAAUCUGGACAACUACGCGGCCAUCGCCGAGGCUCUGAAAUCCGAGGAUGCGUCCGUGGUGAACAAAGCGUUACAAGCAUCGAGCUUUUUCGAUGGAAGCAACACGACGAUCACGAACGUACGGUACUUUUUCGACCAUCUGUUUCCCUACGUCUCCUUGAACACGAGAAUACGCAUUAUAAAAACGUUGGCCAUCCGUCUGGCGCCCAAGAGAUCCACCCUGGCCGAAGAAUUCUUUACCGCGGUUGCCACCACAUACGGCCUCGAUCAAGCGUUGCCGUUGCUACCAGCUUGCAGCGAGACUUUCAUGUACAACGCGAUCCUGGAGAGACGAAUCGUCCUGAGCAGAAAGCUCGUGGACACGAUCUUCCGGAAAAACCCAGACUUCAUCGUCCGUUACUUCAGACUGAGCAAGCCAGAGACGGACCCUUACGUCAGGAACCUUCACCGUGUGAACAUCUACGAUUUCGGUGACUUCUUGGCGGCACUGAUCAAGAAGAGAUUGAAAUCGUUCGUCGAACUGUACGAGAUGCACGAGAAACUCCCUCCCGCCGUGCGCCUCAGCAACAAGGGGGCCGAGAACUUUCUGAAAAACGGCAAAGAGUACUUUCAACGUAAACCGAAGCUGUACAUAAAAUUGGUACCGCUGAAAUUGAUCACCGCGAAACGCAUGGAAACGAUAUAUUCCAAGCUGUUCCCCAGCAGCAUCAAAGAGUUUUGCACGGAUCAGAUGUUGGACUAUUUGGAGUACUAUCCACACGACAGGAAGCUGGAUCUGCUCGUCAAGUCUUAUCGCGAGGCUUACGGGAGAAACAUCUUGGACGACUGGCAAAGCGUGACCGUACAGGUGAUGAGAAUGCUGCCCGCCGAGGAGCGAAUCAAACAAGCUAGGAUCAAGAUGGAGAAAGAGAGCAGUCCAGCCAGCACGGUGGAUUACACCCACGUAUGGAGGUGUUACCUGUCUACGAGCGAGACGAUACCAAUGAUCAAGGAAGAGGUCUCGAAGACAUCCGAGAUGGAGAACAGAGCUUCCCUGCUCUGCCAAAUGAUAUACUCGUGCAGGGUGAACAAGGACGAUCAAGCUCUGUUGGAGGCUCUGACCUACUUCAGAGACAGGUUCAAGAACGAGCAACCUUGGUUCCUGUUGAAGGUGUUCGAGUGUCUGUUGAAUCUUUACGAUCUGCCGCAUCUCAGCAGAAACCACUGGGCGGUUCUGAUGGACAUCAUCGUGCGCGCGAUCGUCAAGAACGAUUUCAUGACGUCGAGCACGAUCAGCGAGAAAGUGCUCGAAUCGGCUAUUCAUUUUAAAAUCAUCUACGACGAGCCGAUAGAUCAGUUCAUACGCGCGCUCGUCGAGCUGAAGAGCAACAGGUAUUCCGGAUUUUGGAACAUCCUUACAAAGUAUCCCGAGUACGAAAGAACGUGUCUGGAGGCCUGUCUGACCGUCGUCUCCCAGUGUUACAAUUCCAACGAGCCUCCUUGGAACACCGACAGGGAUCGAAUGCUGUACACCCUGUGCUCGUCCCUCUACAAUUUCAACGAGACCCACGUGAACCAUAAGCAUAACGCUCGGGUAGAACGCAUGUCCAUUAAGAACUAUCCUUGGCUGCUGAAGAAGGUCGAGAGGGUAUUGACGACGAAGGACCAAAGCACUUACGUGCUCGGCGAGUUUCGAUCCAUAUUGGAGAAGCACGAGAAGGACCUCUUCGAUCGUCUAUUCGCGGAAGAGAAAAAGAGCAUCGCCGACAUCGAGUCGGGCGAGGCUCUCGGAUUGUUGAAGAAGAACCCGGAGGAGAUCUUGUCCAAGUGGAAAGAGUACCUGAAGGCUUGCAUGGGCACCUGGAGUCGCGAGAGCACCAGGCGUUUCGUCAGAGCGACUCGCUGGUACAACGACAUACCCGCGAGGUUCGUGGAGCAGUGCCUCGAGAAUCUAACGAAGAACAAGAGCGGCGUCUCGUUGGAGAUCGUGGCCGUCCUCGUUCACGGUAAAACGUUCACGAAGAUCAUCGAGCCGCUGAUACCCACGAAGAAAACGAUCGACGUUCACAACGACGACGCGAAGAAGAAUUACUCGUUGAUCUACGAUAUCGUCAGUAGCGUCAAGUACGUGAAUCCACCGGUGUCUUUGCAGCUCAUUGGAAAUCUCUGCGAGGGAGACUACCUGUCCCUAGCUCUAUCGGCUCUGACCAACGUUUGCAGAAGAACCGCAUUGAUGGACGCGAUCGCGUUCGCGAAAACGUUGAUCGCUCAACGAGUAACCGUUCGUAAACACGGAAUAAGACUGAUGCGAAUGCUGGCGCCGCGCGAUCAGCUUCACAGCUUCCUCGUCUCGCUGUGCAGGACCGAGGAGCACCAUUCGAUCCGGGAGGUAUUGUUCGACAAAGGUAUCGAGCUGUUCCGCGAGGAACCAGGUCCGGCCACGUGGUCGUUGCUGAGCCAGAUGGCCUCCACCGUCACGGCGAAGGACAAGGGCAGCUUCUCCGUGCUGAUACGCACGAUCUACUUGAUCCCCGACGAGUACAUCGUGGACUUUGUCAAGCUGCUGCUGAGAACGAUAGACAGUUUCACGGAGGCCGGCGUCGAGCGUGAAACCGUCUCGACGUACGUGAAGGCGUUGCUCACGCAGAUCAACGCGGCCGUUUGCAAUCUUUUGCCGGAAGAGUUCACCGAGGAACUUCUGCGUAGGUUCCUCUUCAACUCGAACAUGAGCGUCUCGCGAGCCGCCGGGCAUUUCGUGCUCGAAGCGCAUCUGCUGCCAGCCAAGGAAAAACUCGACUCGCGACUGAAGACCUUCUCCACUAUCUUCGCGGAGGUCGUGAAGAACGGAUGGAACGUGCCUCACUCGAAAAGGACGCACUUCUACCCGGUGAAUCACGCCGUUCACAGCUUCGUCGAUUACCUGAUCAGAAUGAUUCCCUACGUGGACGUGGAUCCCCGGCUCAUCGACGGUAUAUUGAAGGCUUUCCUGAGCGUUCUGACGCCACAGAUGGACGCCACGUCUUAUUUGAUGCUGGUCUACACGAGGGAACAGGUGUCCGUGAAAACGCCCCAGGAAUUCGGGACGAAACUGGGCGAGAAGUUGCCCGAUCUGGUCGACACAUUCUCGCCGAUGUUCCUCUCGUUCAUGUCGAACACGAUGCAAUACUUGUUCAAUCAAAACCUGUUUAAGGAUUACGACAAGGAGGACGCGACUCUGGGCGUGAUCGAGGGACUGAUAGAAAAUGGAUCGAUCGAGGCUACGCUGAUGGCGGUGAAGAUGUUGACUCCGUCCAAGUCCAAGGAGAACUUGGCCAGAUACGACAAGCUAGUGACAAAGUUCGCGGAUUACGAUCAUCCGGCGAUCAGGAGUCUCUUGUGCGAUAUCAUAAACAAAACCGGCUACGAUGACAUAUCCGACAUGUAAAUUACGUUCGUGCGCGCAGAAUUCGUGGCGGGGGCGUUCGCUCGACCGCCGGUUACACCCGAUAAGCGUUUUUUAAACGGUUGGCAUUUUUAUUUUUAUACGGAUAUAGGUAUCACGUACGAUUUAAGAGUUUCAACGAACACAGACAAUCUCCGCGAUUUAUUUUGUUAACGGACAUAUUUUUCUACCGAAACGUGCGCUCAAUGGUACGAGUCAACAUUAUUGUGAUACGUACACACGUUACGAGGAGCGAUACAUACGUGGAUUUGAUACGCACAAUUAAACACGAUUGUUUCUUUGUAAUUUAUUAUGUAUACGCUUGGAGUAUAUUAAAUACCGAAAUAAUACGAGGACUGUUUAUUCGUUCGCUCCUACCUGCCUUAGAAGACCUAGGAAAAUAGAAAUAG